UUGUCUCCACACUAGUAUAUAUUGUCCCACCACCACCUCAUCUCACAACUCUCUUUUCUCUCUCUCUCUCUCCCUCCCUCUGCAUGCCCUCUCUCUCUCUCUCUCUCUCUACACAUCCCUCUCACUCACACACCACACAAAAAGGAACCAUUACUAGGUGCCUUUCUAAGCAAGGGUGGAUCCAUGGAGUAUUACAUGGAUGAGAAAUGGCAGUUAUCCAAAGAAGAUAGGCCACAUUCCUCAUCCAAACCGUCUAUAUCAAGGAGCGUCUCGCAGCAUAGCUCCUCCAAGUCAUCGCUGCAGAAGAGCUUCUCGACAAAGAACCCCUUCAAUCUCUCCCGUAGCACCUCUCAGAAGAGCACCUCCUCGAAAUCCUCCCUCCCCAGAAGCUCAUCGCAGAGGUGUUCAGGCUUCACGCGCAAGUGCACCAACUUGGCCAAAGAACAGAAGGCCAAAUUCUACAUUGUCAAGCGCUGCAUCACCAUGCUCGUCAGCUGGAAAAAGAACGGCGAUUCUUGAUCAGAAAACACCCUCUUGUCGUCGUUGCUGGAUUGAGAAAUAAAAAUGUAAUUCUUGUUUUGAUCAACGCAUCUCUCUAUGCGCGAGAUGGAUCUUGGGCUCGUUUCUGAACCUGAAGAAGUUUUCCUGCCAUCCCAGAUGAGAGAAAGAGAGAUAAGCGAAAAAUUUCUCAGAUCCUCAAUGUAACUAGAGUUCCAUGUUGUAAGAUGUAAGAUAAAUUUUAAAUUUCAUUGCAGACACAAAUAUUAAACAAGUUAUCAUC